AUGCAGGACGCCUGGACUGCUCGCAAAGCUGAGAAAAUCCAAGGGUACGCGGACCACAUCAAAUGGAAGAACUUCUCUGCGAUCAAAGCUGUCGACGGUCCGCCGACAACGGGCACUGCUCCUCUCCUCAGCGCCGACGGCAACACUCUCCUGACUGAGAAGACGCAAAUCCUACAGCGAUGGGCCGAGCAUUUGCGAGGCGUCCUCAACCGCCCCUCCGUCAUCUCAGACGCCGCCAUCGAGCGUUUGCCGCAAGUGGAGACCAACGUGGACCUCGACCUCCCGCCAUCUCUCCAGGAGACCAUCAGGGCCGUGCAGCAGCUCUCCAGCGGGAAAGCACCCGGAUCGGACGCGAUUCCUGCUGAGGUCUGCAAGCACGGAGGUCCCCAACUCAUGGAUCACCUGACUGCGCUCUUCCAGGCGAUGUGGCGUCAAGGCGAAGUCCCGCAAGACUUCAAAGACGCAACAAUCGUGCACCUAUACAAGCGAAAAGGGAAUCGCCAAGUCUGCGACAAUCACCGCGGCAUCUCCUUGCUGAAUAUCGCCGGGAAAAUCUUCGCUCGCAUCCUCCUCAACCGCCUCAAUAAUCAUCUGGAACAGGGCUUUCUGCCGGAAAGCCACUGCGGCUUCUGUCGUCAUCGUGGGACCACGGAUAUGAUCUUCGCCGCCCGUCAACUUCAGGAGAAGUGUCAGGAGAUGCGGACCCACCUGUACUCUACCUUCGUGGACCUGACGAAAGCCUUCGACACGGUGAAUCGUGAAGGACUGUGGAAGAUCAUGCAGAAAUUCGGCUGUCCGGAGCGAUUCACUCAGAUGGUGCGUCAGCUGCACGACGGUAUGAUGGCGCGAGUCACGGACAACGGAGCUGUCUCAGAGGCAUUCGCAGUGACCAACGGAGUGAAGCAGGGAUGCUUGCUGGCACCUAACUUCUUCAGUCUUAUGUUCUCUGCCAUUCUGAUGGACGCCUACCGCGACGAACGCCCCGGGAUCCGCAUCGCCUACAGGACGGACGGUCACCUGCUGAAUCAACGGCGGAUGCACUUCCAAUCACGCGUAUCCGCAACCACCGUUCACGAACUCCUCUUCGCCGACGACUGCGUCCUGAACACCACCUCAGCAGAGGAGAUGCAACGGAGCAUGGACCUGUUUUCCGCCGCCUGCGAGAACUUCGGUCUGGUCAUUAACACGCAGAAGACAGUGGUGAUGCACCAACCGCCACCCAACUCAGCCACAGCCCCAACGCGCCGGCGCAAAUCAGCGUGAACGGAACCCCAAUUGCAUGUGGUGGAGAACUUCCCGUACCUGGGCAGUACUCUCUCCCGCAACACCAAGAUUGAUGACGAAGUCGCCAACAGGAGCUACGAAGCCAACCGCAUCGCUGCCGCCAAAGCGAAACACGAAGCCCGCAAAUCACAACUUCGCCCAGUACGCAACGCCGCCGCACAACCGCUUCCAACGUUUCCUCGAGGUCAACGGACAUUCCGGGCUCGAAUCGGACUUGUUGGACAACUUCGGACUGACUGCGCCUCUCGAACUGCACCAACCAUCGUUCCCCCGCCCACCUCUUCCUCCUCCUCUCUGCCGCCAACUAACUCUGACAAUCCUUCUGACCCACCACUUCCAUCCUCUUCCUCCUCCUCCUCCUCCUCCACCUCUUCUUCCUCCUCCACCUCCUCCUCGUCCUCCUCGCCCACUGCUCCAGCGAUGGCCGCUCAAGCGACUGUCACGCACGCAACAACCGUCACCACACCCACUGCCUUCGACUCCAGCGAUGAGUAUCAGGACUACACCUGCCCUCACUGCGACUGUAACUUCGCCUCACACAUCGGCCUGGUCGGUCACUUGCGAAUCCAUCGCACAGAGACUGGCGAACCAGUGCCUGAAGCACCAACCUACACCCACCGCACUCGCCUCCACUGCCCACACUGA